AUGGAUAAAAAGGUUUCAGAUAGCGCUGUGAGCGUUCUGCAACAGCGCUGCGAACUGUUGACUCGCAAAGUACGCUUUCUUCCCGUUUGGUUGUUUAAACAACGACAUUUCGUUUUAUGUGCAUGUGAACUGUAAGUAUCUAGUUUUCUCUUUUCGUCAUGGCAGCCAUAUUUCAUUCCUGAGACGUGCAUCCUCCUGAGACAAGCCAUUUUACACGCAACCGACACUAGGUAACUCUUUAGGUCUCAGGUGCCAAGUAAUACUCAACGCGUCUUCCUCUGGUUACCUUUUUCGAUGUGCCAUCCCGCAUACAGGUCCGCGCCAGGUGGCCUGGGAAGGGAGCGUUAUAUUUCAAACCGCAGAGCUCAUCACUCACUUUAUGUAGACCUUUAAAUUGUUGACGACGCAUAGUCAGUAUCCUGAAGUAUUUCAAGUAUUUUGGCAUUAUGUUGCAUGUCAAUAUCACAGCUCCACCUAAGUGAACUUUUAUAAUCGAAAGCACAUUUCGGAAUUCCGGUUGACAUUUCAUGGGAUAAACCAGCUACUGUACUUCGGCCCUUGUGCUUUGGACGGUGCUUUGAGCUGAAUCGGAGAUUUCGUGUGACCCCUUUGUCUGAAGUGUUAUCCCAACGGCCAGUUUAUUGUAUUUUCUGUAGGGUUCAAAUAAGACCUUAUUCCUAGACAAGAGAAGCAAGGUGAGGACCACCUGCACCAAGCCCUACUUUUGUAGUUUUAUCCCAAGCAAAUGUGUUUAUGCAUCUUCAUUAGUGUUGUUGCCUUUUCUUUAUUCCUUUUUUAAAAAGGUCUUUGAAUACACGGUUUAUCAUGACGCAGUUCCAGGCUUAUUGCUUAGUUAAAUAACCUGUAGCAUGUACCUAAUCAGAAUACAAGAGGCAACGUGUUAUUUCCAUUGAUGAAUGUGAAACUCUCGAUCACAUUGCUCCAUAUUGACGCGAUUGGGGUAGAAAAGACUGCGAGACCCCACUAAGUUCUCAUCAACUUAAUUAUGUUUCGGUUUUUAUCAUUAACCUACUGUCAUCCUCGGUAACCGAAAUACUUUCAAGGGAUUGUCUUUUGGGUCUUUAUGAUUUCCUUAACGCAUUAUAUUUUUUCGGUUUCUAAUUUGACAGAUUGAGAACUUCGCACUUAUAAGUACUGUUCUUCAGAAGAAGACCGACAAGCUUGUUGAGUUGCUCAAUGACAAUAGAGACUACUCCGGCCUUAUCACUCGGGAGUAUGAUGAAGUCUCGAACGACAUCAAUUCUGUUCAGGCUGUCAUCGAGAAAUAUACUACUGAGCUAGAGGAGAUCCGAUUCAAGAUCGAACAGUUUGCAGAGGGUGAAGACAACAAAGCGCUUAAGCCCACCUCACCAAGCACCUAUCUGACCUCGCAACAUCACCAGCCCCUAAGUCCGUAUGAACUGACAAGGUUUCGCUUGCGAGCACAUCUCCCUGAUAAUCAAUUUACUAUGGUUGAAGUUCGUCCAGGGCAGAAGAUAAGCCACGUACUCGAGAAGAAGCUCGCAAAUCGUGGUUUUCAUACAAAUGAAUUAUCCGUAUAUGGUGCAUGUACGAGGUAAACAAUAACCGCCAUCAUUGACUUUCAUCAUUUCAAGGAGACCAAUCUCAUGGGAUGAUGAUGCUGUGCAGGUUUUUUUAACAGAAGAAGAUAUAGUCGUGGAAUUCAACUGCUUCAGUGGCAAACGCAGACCCCGUCAUGCAUUGCAAAGGAAGACAUUCUUUGAGAAACAGCAGUGCUCUAUUUGCUCUAAGUUUGUUAUAUACGGUAGGUCGUCUAAGGUGGUUUUAAUGCCAUUUGUUAGGUGCUAUAUGCAAGAUUUGUGGCUACGUUUUCCACCAGCGCUGUAUUUCCAGACUUGAAAAGCUUCCUGACGAAGAAAGUCAAGGAGAUAUCCAUCUGUGGGACUUAUGCCGAUUGUACGUUUCUCACAUUAGACUGCACAUUUUCAGUUAAACUUCCGCUCGCAUUUGCAUUGGGCGAACUUUAUUUUUCACUUUUUUUGUAGACUGACUUGCACAGGCCAACAGAGCUCUGAUUGGGUCCAAAAUCUGCAAUCCCAAACGCCAACCCUAGUCCGACUUAUAGGAACUGAUUUAGUUCGUUGCGACGAAGAUAUUGGCCACGCUCAUCUCUACGAUGUUCAUUCGGGGCUGAUAAGGCUAGGUUGUAAUCAACUUGCACCUCCUUUGCACCUCACUGCAAAUACGCGCGAACGUUCAUCUUCGAGUCCGAACGUUUCUAAUAUCCUUGUUCCUCAACUUCAACCAUUCCCGGAAAAGAUCCUUCAGGUAUACUUGCUCUAGGAUAUUUUGGUCCCUAUAUUCCCAUAACCGACUAGACUAUAGGGUCUACUUACCAUCUUUCUGUUUGUGAAUUGUAGACCCGUUGAACUAACAGAGACUACUGAUGUCGAGCGGAAAUACAUUGGAAAACUAUAAAUAUAUUUAUGUAUAUGCGGAAUGAGGCACCGACAAAGACAAGAGAGAUUGCGAUGACUGUCUAUGAAAUACUAGCCGUGCCAGCUUUACUCAACCCCAGGUUUACAGGACCUGAGAUUCGAAUCCGCCUUCUUUGGUCAUCAAGCGUUAAGUCCCGCGCUCUAAAAUCGGGCCACGGGCUCGUUGUCCUGUUUGUUGUGUUUGGGAAUAUUAACUGCGUUGAUAGUGCUUUCAUUGAUUAGGUUACGGGGGUAUGCUAGGGCUGUAGAUUAAGCCUCAAGGUACAAUGGGACGAGCAUGUUCUGUGACAUGAUUGGCGGACACGCUUCCAACAACGAGCCUGUGACACAAUGACUAGAGCGUUGGACUAAUAAUCAACAGAGCGUGGGCACGAGCCCCAGGUGUCCUUGAACCUGGGAUUGGGCAAGGCUGGUGGACGGCUAUUAAGCUGGUCAUGACCAUCUCCUUUUCUCUUGUCUAUUCGUUCUGCAUAUAUAUGUAUAUAAUGAAGAUCGAAUAAACCCAAAACCGUACUGUAUCAAUCUACCCGCAUACGCUGUCGUCCCUCCUCCCUGCCACCUGGCCUGGCAGUUGGCUGCCUGUUCAUGACUUUUGCCACCCAUACGGAGUUCAAUGGUUUCGGAAAACCGUUAGGUCAGUGUGCACCUAUCGCUGCCCGAGUAUAUACAUAUAUAUAUAUUGGAAGGUAGGCAUCCCAAGAAAUAUAAGUUGAAGGCAGAGGCGUUCUUUGGGAAAAGGUACUUUAUUGCGUGAAUUUUCGACGCCGGUUCCCCAGGUCGUCGUCAGACGCAGACUAAAAGUAAAUGUGCCGAAAACAGUUAACAUCUGGCAGUGCACAUGAAAAAAUCGAUAAUCGUUCGCAUUUGCGCCCGUGAGCGGCCGCUAUUUGCGUCAUUCCGUCCCGAUUGGCUCUCGUCUCUUCCAUUUCUCCUUGAGACUUUUGUACGCGGCGUCCAACUCGAUGUGACGGUUGAUGCACGAUUCAUCCGAGUGCAUGGCCUCAAGGAACUCUCGGCCUUUCUUGAAAGAAAGGCCGAGAGUUCCUUGAGGCCAUGCACUCGGAUGAAUCGUGCAUCAACCGUCACAUCGAGUUGGACGCCGCGUACAAAAGUCUCAAGGAGAAAUGGAAGAGACGAGAGCCAAUCGGGACGGAAUGACGCAAAUAGCGGCCGCUCACGGGCGCAAAUGCGAACGAUUAUCGAUUUUUUCAUGUGCACUGCCAGAUGUUAACUGUUUUCGGCACAUUUACUUUUAGUCUGCGUCUGACGACGACCUGGGGAACCGGCGUCGAAAAUUCACGCAAUAAAGUACCUUUUCCCAAAGAACGCCUCUGCCUUCAACAUAUAUAUAUCUAACGGUAGAGGGACUUUUAUCGAUAGUUUUUACGGAACUUACUCGUCUCGUUGUGCCUUACGGGCUCUCUCACGUGCCUCAAACAGCAGCCGCAAGGCGGCGCAUGAUGUAAGCAGAAUGUUACUACCGACAAAGACAAGGGAGACUGGAAUGGCCAUUUUUGGCUUCGUAGUUGUCGUCAGCUAGUCAUACCCGACCCGUAGCUCAAUGUUUAGAGGCGUUGGACAUCGAACUAAUAGGUCGCGGGACCGACCCUCAGGUGUUUCGCACUUCGGGGUUGGGUAUGACUGGCUGACGACGGCUAAUAAGCCAAAAAUGUCUAUUCCAGUCCCCCUCGUCUUUGUCGGUAAUAAAAUUCUGCUUAUAUCGUGCGCCGAUGCAUGAGACAACAGGAAUCAAAAGAAAGGGACAAGGAACUAGAUUGUUCCGAUCAGGCACCAAAGCCAAGAAGUUGGCGAACGCUUCCUUACAUUAAGAAUGUGUCUGAACUCGUUGAAAAACAUCUGAGGAAGCACCAAAUACAAUUGGCGGACAGACCGACGACUACGCUAUGCAAUCAGCUUGUGCACCCCCAAAGUUAGGGUUGGCUAUUUGGAUGAAAAAAGGUAGUCUAUUUGAUUCCAUGUGGCACUUGUAAUGCGGUAUAUUGUGGGCAAACCGGAAAAUCAGCCUCCACACCCCUACAGGAACACCAAUUGGCAGUAAAGAGGCGGGACCACCUAUCCCAAGUCGCCGCGCAUACUCUAGAAACUGGGUACAAAUUUGCUCAGGAUAAAACACGCAUUGUCGGUUCCUGUCCAUAUAAGAAAGGCAGGGAAUUUCUAGAGGCCAUCCCCUUUAUGGUCCAUCGAUCUGGACGUCAUGUACACAAAUCUCAAAGAAAACGGAAAAGAUGAUAGCCAAUCAAAACGUGACGUCAGCCCUCCUCGGCACCGACAAACCAAUAUCGAUUUUUCGUGCAUGGCUAAAUUUUAACUGUUUUUCACACUUUCUACUAGUCUGACGACGACCUGGGGAACCAACGUCGAAAAUUUACGAAAUAAUGUUUGUUCGAUUUCCCAAAGGACUAAUUUUUCUUCGAAUUAUGUUUCUUGGGAUGCCUGUCUUCCAGUACAUGCACAUAUAUAUAUAUAUAUGCUGGAAAACGGGCAUCCCAAGAAAUUUAAUUGAAAAUAAGUAAGAUUCUUUGGGAAGGGAAUAAACUUUAAUGAGUAAAUUUUCGAGUCUGGUUCCCCAGCUCGUCGUCAGACUUUUGGGCAAUGUACAAAAACAGUUAACUAUUUAACCGUGUCAAACAAGUGAUUCUAUGGUUGGCCGAAGUCUGCGCCAAUGCGCGUCAACGCGAAUUCCUGAAAGCAAUGCACUCAGAUGAGGCAUGCAUCAAUCGGCAUAUCGAUCUAGAUGCCACAUACAAAUUUCUCAAGGACAAGUGGAAGCGAGCGCAGCCAAUGCCGAGGGGAUGACGAAAUCGUUGACGCGCAUUGGCGCAGAUUUCGGCCAACCAUAGAAUCACUUGUUUGACACGGUUAAAUAGUUAACUGUUUUUGUACAUUGCCCAAAAGUCUGACGACGAGCUGGGGAACCAGACUCGAAAAUUUACUCAUUAAAGUUUAUUGCCUUCCCAAAGAAUCUUACUUAUUUUCAAUAUAUAUAUAUAUAUGCAUGAUCGGUGUGCGCCCAUUCCUGAUUGAGUGAAUAAAUACCCGAUCUGCAGCGACAGAGAAUGGCAGGUGGCGAGGCACUGAUGAACUUCGGUUCGAUGAAGUGCUUAUGACCCAUCUGGUAGACCCCACUGGUGGACCAGCUGCGCCAGGUGCGUCUGAGCGCAUGUUUGUGUUUCCGGUACCAGCUGGUGGUCAGGGUUAUGAUUGGCUGAAUGAAGGCAAACAAGCCCGAAACAGUGCUGUAUCAAUCUACCCCCAGACUCUGUCGUCUCCCCUCUGCUAUCAUAGCUUGGCCGACUUCGGCCUGGUAGGUGGUUGCCUGUUCGUGACCCCUAUCGCCCAUACGAAGCUUGUUUGCUUCGGGAAGCCAAUGGAUCGGUGUGCGCUCAUUCCUGUGUGAAUAUAUAUAUAUAUAUAUGUGUUGAAAUCAAAACGUUCUUUGGGAAAGGGAGAAAACUUUAUUAAGUAAAUUUUCGACGUCGGUUCCCCGUGUCGUCGUCAGACUAGAGUAAAUGUGCUGAAAACAAUUAAAAUUUCAAACGUGCUACAAAAUCAAUACUCAUUUGGUGCCUCAGCUAGUAAGCUGCCGUCGUGUGUGUCAGUCCGUAUUGAUCGGCUUUCGUCUCUUCCACUUUUCUCUGAGAUUCUUGUACGUGGCAUCUAAUUCGAUAUGCCUGUUGAUGCAUGACUCAUCGGAGUGCAUGGCUUCAAGAAACUCUCGGCCUGUGAUGCCUUAUAUUGUGACCAAACGGGAAAAUGUGCCUCUACACGCAUCCACGAACAUCAACUUGCAGUUAAGAGGCGAGACCACUUGUCUCAAAUGGCCAUGCACACUCUUGAUACUGGGCACAAUUUCGCAUGGGACAAAACUCGCAUCGUCGGAGUUUGCCCAUCUAAAAAAGGCCGAGAGUUUCUUGAAGCCAUGCACUCCGAUGAGUCAUGCAUCAACAGGCAUAUCGAAUUAGAUGCCACGUACAAGAAUCUCAGAGAAAAGCGGAAGAGACGAAAGCCGAUCAAUACGGACUGACACACACGACGGCAGCUUACUAGCUGAGGCACCAAAUGAGUAUUGAUUUUGUAGCACGUUUGAAAUUUUAAUUGUUUUCAGCACAUUUACUCUAGUCUGACGACGACACGGGGAACCGACGUCGAAAAUUUACUCAAUAAAGUUUUCUCCCUUUCCCAAAGAACGUUUUGAUUUCAAUUUAUAUUUCUUGGGAUGCCUGCGUUCCAAUAUAUAUAUGUAUAUGGCAAUAUGCGUGAAGAUGCGAGGUCCAGAUAUAUUACCGUGUAUAUCAUCCCCCGAGGAAGACGAAGAAGAGAAAUCGAUUUCAUGGACCAGGUUGUAUUCAGACUGACGUUUCGGAAACACACUCGUUUCCAUCAUCAGAGUCGUGUGUGUGUGUGUGUGCAUAUAUGCAGAAUAACAUUGCCGACAAAGACGAGGUGAGAUUCGGUGUCGUAUAAGUUUUCGGGACUGGUUCCCCGGCUCGUCAUCAGACUCAUGGGCCAUGUACAGAAACAGUUAAAUAUUUAGCCGUGUCGAACAAGUGAUCCUGUGUUUGGCCGGAUUUCGCGCCAAUGCGCGUUAACCGUAUUUCGUCACCUCGGCAGCAGUCACCAUGGAGGGUGGGGGGCUCACUACUAACCUGACUAAUUAUUGAUAAACGUUUCGCCUGUCACGGACGUUAAAUGCUUCUUCCAUGGGAGUCUUCCUUUUAUUUUUCAUGUCAUUAUCUCCCACCUUGACUUUUGUUUCAUCGUCGUAAAGUUACUGGUUUGCUUGACUCUCACUCUGCCCCGCAGGAUGUUAAUCCAACACCAACUGACAAUGUCAGAAGUCCUCAUCUUAUUUCUGCCGGCGUGGACAGCAAGGCAACAACUGCAUUCCCUGCCGCUCGACCCGACGGCGAGUCGAAAUCCAGGCCACGUCCUGUAAGCUAUAUUCCAUGUUCUCCUACCUGUCAUGAUAAACGCAUGUUUGAUACUAAAACGACGUUCAUAUUGUUAGGUCGAAAUUCUAACUGUUUGUAGGUUUCCCUAACUGCCUUCUAUAAACCAUCAUACCUCAGUCCGUUCUACGGCCACAUCAUCAUCAUCAUCAUCAUCAUCAUCAUCAUCAUCAUCAUCAUCAUCAUCAUCAUCAUCAUCAUCAAUCUCAUUUACUUUUACUACUAGUCGCUGUGCGACUUCGCGACUGCAGUGAUAAUAGCUUAACGAACGUAACUUUCUCAAGACGGAAUGUGAUUCCCCCUUAUUAAGCGGCACGAUUCAAGUGAAAAGUGGGAGAUUCCGGCCGAGGAGAUCGAGAAGGGCCCACGCAUUGGAUCGGGAUCCUUUGGAACCGUAUUCAAAGGUUACUGGCAUGGAAACGUUGCGAUUAAGGAACUGAACGUGAUCGACCCCACCCCCUCUCAAUUGAAAGCCUUCAAGAAUGAGGUCCACGUUCUCAGGUAUGUAGUGAUUCCCCGUAUCUCCUUGUUUUACGUGGGUCAUCCGCAGCCAUUUGCCAUCAGAGUUUUUUAUGAGUUUACUGAGAGUGGGUUCAGGCUUUGAUAAAUAGGACCUCUCAGGUUGUAUCUUCUACUUCGAACUGACCGACUUUAUUCUGGUUUUCUCGAGAGGGCAACUUGCCUAACAAAAUUUGCCGAUGCUUUUAGGUUCCAUUAUGCUACCUUGAAGUUAUGACUUCUGAUCGCCGAUCAUAAAAGAAACCCGAAUUAUUGUGCCCUGAGAGAAAUACGGCGAACCAUUAUUCUUGACUGUUUUAUCUUCCACUUGCUCUCCGCCCCAUUGUGGAACGUUAAAUACAGCACAUUGCCAGCUCCGGACACCACCUUUCCGUCGGAUGAUAACGGAAGUUUGGCAGAUUUGAUGUUUGGUUUUCAUUCUUGGUUGUCAACACCAAAGCGUGCCUUGUUUCACGUAGCGGAGGGAUGCCUUGGCUGGUCCACCAAUUUUGUUUUAAAUUCUAAACAGAAGGCACCAGCCUCGUGGACUUCAGCUGCAUGAUAAAGUCCAGUUUUAGUGGCUGCUCACUUAGACUACCGUGCUUGGUACAUGACAGUUAUUCUUUCUAGCCUAUGGUCUUUUGGCAGAACCCAUGCGGAACGCAUCAUCUGUGCAACAGCCGUUUGUGUUUUGUUUGUCCACAUUUAGCCUUUUAUUCCAUUACACGAAGUCAGCGGUAGCUUUUGCUGUUGUCUAAGCUAUCUCUUUUCUGAAGCACCAACACCACAAAUAACACUGCAAAUAACUUUCUUAUUUGAAGUUGUCAUUUGGGCAAAUCCGAUCUUAGUUUUUUGAUUUCGAUUUCCUGACAGGUGAGAUAUCCGACGAAACAAGAUGGGGAUAUACAGAUGCUUUGAAGUUCGGUAGGGGACAUGACAGAGAUCGACUCGUUAACAAGUCCCUUUGUCGAUAGUUUGACAUCCAGGCUCAAUAGGUAAUUGGGCAAGAAUUGGCAAAUGAGGUAAUACCUGAUAAAUGAAACUCGGCCCUCCUCGUUGCUGCAUAAGCGUCCUCGAUUUUGCCGUAAAGGUCAUUGCAAUUGCAUCGGUCAGGCCGUUAACAGAUGCGCAUAAUGCAGUGAUGUAGACAAAUCAUAAAUUCCGUGACGAGUUGGUUAAAUAGCAUUACUGCAACAUCUCCAAUCUUAUCAUAGCCACCAGCAGCCAGCAUUUGUCUGCACUGUCUGUAGGAUUUACUUCCGUUAGUCAUGAGUCUUAGUGCCAGAUAACAAAACUAGAUGGUUUACUGACAGAAAUUCUUGUUGUGUUUAAAGCAUUUGAUCACCGCACCAGUGUCUGGAUCCUUGUCCAUUGGUCAUUUAUUCAGCCAGAAUGCCUCCUGUCGAUUAACCUAUUUAGCUGCUUUAGGAACCCAAUUUUUCACGCUUCUUUUGAUAUUAAGCUUGCUCCUGGACGUCGACUGGUCGCACCGAUUAAACUGAUGUAGUACUUUUUCUAGCAUUUACUGCAGUGUCUUGGAUUAGCGAGAUAUCCUGGUUAGUUAGUUCAUCAUCCAACACGGCAAAAACCGCAGUAUUCUGGAGACACACCGACCAACAGAAGACACCCCAAUAGUUGUUGGCAGAUUGGAGAGGUUGCCAUUUUCAAAUAUCUUGACGCCAUACUACUGCCAAACAAAGUGACUGAUAACGGUAUUGUCAUCCCGAUCAAUGCCAUUGGAAUAUUUCGAUGGAUGCAAAUCCUUUUAUACCAGCUAUCCGUCCAGUAAUUCUGCGACUUAGAAUACGAGGAUAUGCGCGCAUAAAUUGAGAGGGUGGAAGUAUUCGUCUACCGUUGCUUGAGAAUGGCCCAAAAUAUCAGAGUGCGUGGUUACUGUGCCAACCUUUCAAGAUUUUUUUAAGCCACCCAGAAAAGCUGACUCAAGAAAUUUGAACAUAUUGCCUGUCGUCAAUUCCAUGAACUCGAUGACCCUGUACAACAUCCGUUUCCGUCCCACCAUUGAGGGCUAGGAAGAAGCGGUAAGCUCAAAACCUUAGUCGAAAAUCCAUCAAGAUGUUAAAGUGCUUUAGAGGCCCUCCAUGUUUGGUGCCUGCCGCCAGAGCGAGGCUUUGUUCGACGGCACCGCCUUGUCUGCUGUAGAUUGCUGUUCGUAGAUUAACACACCAAUAGUCCCUUUAAAAUGGCCGAAUCAGAUAUAAUGACAAAUAAACUGUAGGGCUCUUACUUCCAACACAUACUCGAUCCAUAUAGUGAUCAUUAGCCAUUUCUCAAAUUUUGUCAGGACCUUGGGUUUUCCUUUUUUUAAGGAAGACAAGCCAUGUCAACAUCCUGCUGUUUAUGGGUUGCGUCUCAAAACCGCGCCUGGCCAUCAUUACACAGUGGUGCGAGGGUUCUAGCCUCUACAAACACGUCCACGUACUGGAGAAACGCUUUGAUAUUGAGGAGAUGGUGGACGUCUCCCGUCAGACAACGCAAGGCAUGGAGUAAGUUUAAUCUACCCUGUUCGCAUUCCUCUAUCCAGAGCUUUGACUGCUUUCUUCCAUCUUAUGAUUAGUCAGAUUUCGCCCUUCUUGGUAGUUCCAUGUACUGCAUUUGUGCUGCCCCCUGUAACGUUCUUUUAACCCUCCGUGUAUGCUAUCCACUUUACUGUUUAGUUAUCUUCAUGCAAAAAACAUCUUACACCGGGAUCUUAAGUCAAGCAACAUUUUCCUGCAUGAGCGUAUCGUGAAGAUUGGCGAUUUCGGUUUGGCAACAAUGAAGACUCACUGGUGGAAGGGUGGGUCUCGUCAGCCCACUGGUUCCAUCUUCUGGAUGGUAAGUUUCCCUUCUCCGAACAUUGCCGAACAGUUAUACUCCUGUGUACUUACAACUGUGACAAUUCACUUUUUGUCACCUCUGAGUUCUCGGGAUACAAUUCUGCAUAGUACUAUGUUUCGCAUGUUGGAACUCUCAGGCUUGCCAAUGACCUUUUGAAUACAAAGGCCAAGACCUUUUGCACAGAAUUUGUACUCCUUCCCCUCAUCGAUACUGAUUCCCAAACCGUGUAGAUUUUCCACCACGUAAUUUUUUUGUAACCAUCUCCUUGUUCCUGAUUUUAUUGCUUAUGUGACCAAUUACAAUGCUUGCAUUUAGGUAAACCGUUUUACUUUCCCUCUCUCUCUUGCCCAGGCGCCCGAGGUGAUCCGACUUGAAGGCGAAACGCCGUACACUAAUCUGUCUGAUGUUUACGCGUUUGGAAUUGUUGUCUACGAGUUGAUCACCGGUCAACUACCUUUUCGUGGACACCACGAUCGCGACCAGAUCCUCUUCUUGGUUGGCAAGGGCCUCCUGAAGCCAGAUCUUUCAAUAGUUCGCUCAGAUGUCCCUGCCGAACUGCGUCGCAUAGUCGCUGAGGCCUGUAGUUUCAAUCGUGACGAUCGCCCUUCCUUUUCACAGGCAAGUCUACAUCUGCGCCUAUUUUUGCUGUCUCUCGCAUCCCCACUGUCUCCUGCAUAUAUCAUUCUUUCCUGAGCUCGCCUAUCAGGGAGUUCAUAUUGGCUGGAAAUGCCGUCCACUAAGACGUUAAACAUUGAUGAGGACCAGUAAAUGUAUGGGAGUAAGAGAGUUUAGGAAGGAGGCCUCACAAUGGGGUAAUGCUGUUGGUUCCACGCGUUGUCGCCCAUUUGCAAAUAAGGCGGCUCCACAGACUGGGUGUCCUCUUUCCAGGCGCAGUGCUUUCACGUUACUGCUAGAAUCGCCCUACUCAGCCUGUGCUAUGCCUCGUAGACAUUGGUUUUUAAGGGCGACCUGUUUAUGCAUUUCCCCAUUUCUCAUUUGUCGGUUGUACCGUGUUUAAAACAGUGUCGGUUGAAGCACCAGCGUUCUACACCGUAUCCGUCCAUCAAUCUAAAGUCGUGUCACCUGCGAAGAUGUCGUACCCUGGGGUGGACUACGUCUAGCUUAUCUGGCAUCUGUAGGUGAAGAAUUUUGUACGUGGAUCCAGGUAUUAUCAGUGACUGUCUGGCUUUGGGCUGAUUCAGAGGUAGGCUGCAUUUGAACGUGUAAUCCCGUAGUUCACUGGGGUUGUCCCUCAUUGAUAAUGCAAACCUUGCCUGAGUACUCGGGGACAUUUCACGACACAGCCUGCCACUUGGGAUUAUAUCCUCCCCCAGCAUCUGGAUACUGUUAGAACUUCUUCACCCUACGUUUUGUCUGAUCUCUUGGAACGCUUUAACGCUAACUUAGCCCAGAAACUGGAACGCUGUCAAUUCAGUAUAUUAAAUAAAUAGGUCUGCUGGACUUUAAGUUGUUUAUACCUCGCAUCCCAAAUUUGGCCUCGUUCUUCGAAAAUGCUCGGUAUAAAAUCAUCAUCAAUACUGCAGUGAUGCCAAGAGUGCUUACAGUUUUAGAGUAGAAGCCACGAAACUGUUCGACACCCCUUUGCAGGUAAUACGCCAGUGUUAUUUCACGAAAGUGGGCCGUUUUGAGGCACUGCUAAAGUCUAAGCGUCCUGCCAUACCAACGCUUUUCCACUCGAGUCACAAACCCAUGGACAUAUUCACAGUCAAAGACAAUCUUAUCAUCAUGUCAGCAGGGUCCCACAACCUAGUUUAGUUUGCGUAUACCUCGGUGACGACCGGGCCUGCCUACCAUUGGAUUCUGCAUCAAGACACCCGGCUUUGGACGAUGUUCCCCUUUGUAUUUGUUUAGCAAACGCCUCAAUAUGGCAAACAAAGGCACACCUUCUUCUGCGAGUUACCCAGUCCUUCAGUGGGGCAGCAGCUAAGCUGCAUGAUACUGCCAAAUGCGCUGGUGAGCCGUCUACCACAACUCUGUUUUACUUGCUCAGUUGUCUGCCACCCACAGCCGAGACCAUUUAUCCAGCAACCGCAUCAAAAGCUAAAAGACUUCUUUACGGAUAGUCGCUGUUAUCAAAGUUGACUGUUUUUCUUUUCAACGUACGUUUACUGUACCGCAGCUACACGAACGCCUCGACGAGUUCUACAGGUCGCUUAAAAAGCUGCAUCGUUGCUACUCAGAACCGAGCAUUAAACGGGCAGUGGAUGCAUUCGCCAAGGAGGAGGUUGUUAAUCCCGGUUUCCUGCGCAUUCUUCCCAAAAUUGAUCCACCACCGGCUCACCACCCGCUGGGCGGCGGCAGCAGCGGCCUUCCGUCAAAAGGCCACCAAUCGCCAGCCCGACCAUCCGGUUUCGGCGUCUUCUUUCACGCCGGCGGUGGUGGAAGCGGGCAAGGAGAGGUCGCAGGUGCCCGCGACGGUAGUUGCGUCACCGCCGACCACCGACCCGCGGAUCAUGUCCCAGCAGCCAGUAAUCCAGCCCCAGGGGAAAUCCAGCGCUGA